GUUAGUGCAUGUUAAAACUUGAUUAGUCGCCGCACGUCACCGGCCCCGCACGUUAAAAGCUGUAAAUAACUAUAGUUAAAGUAACAAUUGACUGUUAAGUACUUCAGUGUUUGAACAAAACAUUUGACACAAUUGUAAAUAAACUAAAGUGUUUAUACGUUUUUUAGAAGAAAAUAAAGUAGGAGAUUUUGAUAAGUAUCUAUAGAUUUUUAUUGUAAUUUAUAAACAUGGAAGAUCAGGCUUGUCCAAGAUGUAAAACAACGAAAUAUAGAAAUCCAUCAUUAAAAUUGAUGGUUAAUGUUUGCGGUCACACUUUGUGUGAGAGUUGUGUGGAUUUACUGUUUUUGAAAGGUUCUGGUUCCUGUCCCGAGUGUCAGACACCUUUGAGAAGAGCAAACUUUAGGGUUCAAUUGUAUGAAGAUGCAAUGGUAGAAAAAGAAGUAGAUAUUCGAAAGAGAAUAUUACGUGACUUUAAUAAGAAGGAAGAAGACUUUGCGACUCAACGUGAAUAUGAUGAUUAUUUGGAGGAAGUAGAAAAUAUUAUUUAUAAUUUAGCUAAUAAUAUUGAUGUUAUUGAAACCAAUAAGAAAAUAGAACAGUACAAAAGAGAAAAUAGAGAACUCAUACUUAAAAAUAAAACAAAGUUAGGGAAGAAAGAAAGUGAACUGGAAGAACUUCUUGAGUUGGAGAAAAUGGAGCAAGAAGAGAGAAGAUUGGAACUAGAGAAACAAGAACAAGAGAUAAAGAAGCGAAAGAUUAGAGAGAAAGAAGCCCUGAUUGAUGAGUUAAUGUUUUCUGAAGGUGAUGCUAGUAAGAUAGUACAGACAUUUGCUUCAUCUAUUCAAUCUUCUAAAGAAGAAGUAAAACUAGCACCUAAGGCAACAGGCUUCAGUACAGGCAUUAAGUUUGGACAACAGAAUAGUACAGGUUUUGUUCCAUUGCCUAAAAUGGAUGAGGGUCCCACUUAUCAGUAUGUUCCUAUCACUCAAGAAAUCGAAGGACCAAGUCCUCCAGGAUUAAGAGAGGUGCAGGUACGGGGCUACAUUUCUAAUGUUAGAAAAGAGACUGAAGCAGAAAAGGCAGGUGGAUUUGGAGCCAAUAUUGCUUGUUUGAGAGCAUUACAAGAGGCCAUGGCUAGUCUGUAUCAUAAUCCUUCAAAACCGUCACAAGAAGUUCCAGCUACAUGAUGUUAAAUGUUCACUAGAAUAUUAAAUAAGGACAGUGAUAAGACAAUAUCAGCAAAAUAUUUGUUUUGCAUCUUGGGGUAUUAUCAUUCAUAUCCAAAGCUAUCCAUAUAUUGGUUCAAUUGAAGUAAGAUUACUAUUUGUAUUAACAUUAUUUAUUACUAAAAUAUAUCUGGUGAUAAGUUCACAAUUUUUUGUACAAGAAAAUUUUCAAUUACUGCUUUAGCUGAAACAAAAACGAAACAUGAGUAUUUAUGUGUAGAUUAUUUUUAUCAUCAGUGUAUAAUAAUUUAAUAAUAUAAUACCUGUUGAUGCAUUUUUGAGUAUAGCUGCUUUGUAAGCAUUAAGUCCAUUGGCAUUAGUCACUGUUAUAUCUGCACCUCUUGUCAAAAGUUCAUAACAAACGUGUGGAUGAUCACCUUGUGCUCCAUAAAUCAAAGGUGUGUUUCCCUCCUGCAUAAAAUCAACAAUGUAUCAUACUAUUUUUUAUUAACUUUUUCAUAAAUGUACAAUUAAAUUGAAUAUGAAAAUAUGUAUAUAUUAAGCAUUUAUAAAAUAGAAAAACUAUUUCUCUAAUAAAAUUUAUAAAAAAAGA